AUGGAGCACGGUUCGUUCACGAAUGAAAGAGAGGGUACAUUUACUCUUGCAGAAGAAGAUCACACACUUGCUAACGCCGUUCGAUUCAUGUUAAACCAAGAUCCGAGAGUAACAUUGGCUGGGUACAGCAUCCCACAUCCUUCCCUUGAAUGUGUCAAUAUCCGAGUCCAGACAACAGGCGAUCCGGCGAGGGAGGUUCUGAAAGAUGCAUGUCAAGAGCUCAUGAUCAUGAACAGACAUGUGAGGAGUGUCUUUGAUAAGGCUGUUGCAGAGUUCAAGGCCGAGCAAGAACAAAAGAAACAGAGGGAAAUCGACUCUAUGGACAUUGAAACCCACUGA